GUGCGUGUGUGAAGAGAGAGAGAGAGAGAGAGAGAGAGAGAGAGCGAGAGAACGAGAGCAGCUGCAGCUUGAAACAUGUUUACCGAGGAGGGCAUCUUUCCCAUAGGCGAUGGCCUGCUGGACGUUGAUGCCAAACGCUUGAAGGGAUUACUUGUGUCGCAUGACAUCAACGAGAUCUACGAGGUGGAACAGACGCCGUUUGCCAGGGGCAAAUUUGCGGCUGUUCGCCGGGCGGUACACAAGAAUACCGGUUUGCAUUUCGCUGCCAAAUUCCUGAAGCGACGCCGACGCGCCCAGAGCAGCGACAAGGAGAUCAAGCACGAGAUUGCCGUCCUAAUGCUAUGCGAGGGCGAGGAUAACAUUGUCAAUCUGAAUGCGGUGCAUGAGACGCGUUCCGACACGGCCCUGCUGCUGGAGCUGGCCACUGGCGGCGAGCUGCAAACGAUACUGGACAACGAGGAGUGCCUCAGCGAGGCGCAGGCGCGCCACUGCAUGCGGGAAGUGCUGAAGGCUCUCAAGUUCUUGCAUGACCGUUCCAUAGCGCAUUUGGAUUUGAAGCCGCAGAACAUCUUGUUAGCCGGCGAACGCAUUGAGGAUGGCCUCAAGCUGUGCGACUUUGGUAUCUCGCGCGUCGUCUGCGAGGGCAUCAAUGUGCGCGAAAUGGCCGGCACUCCGGAUUAUGUGGCACCGGAGGUUCUCCAAUAUGAGCCCUUGUCGCUGCUCACGGACAUUUGGUCGGUGGGCGUGUUGGCCUAUGUGCUGCUCUCGGGCUUCUCGCCCUUUGGUGGCGACACCAAGCAGGAGACCUUCCUCAAUAUCUCACAGUGCGCUCUAACCUUUCCCGACAAUCUCUUUGGCGGCGUCUCCCAGGCGGCAAUUGAUUUCAUACGCCGCGCAUUGCGAAUUAAGCCAAACGAUCGCAUGAAUGCCGCAGGCUGCCUUGAGCAUGUCUGGCUAAAGGAUGAGUGCUCUUUGCACAGACAAAUCUAUUUGCAAGCACAGAACGAUGCCGACUUUGUGCAGGAUGAUGAGGACGAAGAUGAUGAGGACGACGAUGAGGAGGAGGAAGAUGAUGAGGAAGAGGCACAGAACGUGUCACAGCAACAGCAACAACAGCAACAACAACAAAACAGCACAACAGCAGCAGCAAACACAACAGCAGCAGCAACAACAGCCAGCAAAGCAACGCACAACGGGCAUAGAGCACACUCCAGCUCGAAAAUACCAAUUGCCACUAGCCACAAGCUGAGCUCCCCCAGCACAGAGACAACAACAGCCAUACACACACUGCCCCAAGCACUGACCAUGUCGCUGGCGACAAGCACGACUGCUGCUGCUAGUGCAUCGACGAAACCCACACAGAUUGUGACACCAACGCGACGCGCCUCCGAUUCGGAUAAGGAGAACACAUAUACGGCGACAUUUGUUAAGAAGCCGGUGGCCAGCACGGCCACCAUACAGAUUGGCAGCAAUGGGCUAGAGGAGACGACAGUGAUUGCCACAUUGGCGCUGUUCCCGGAUGCGCCCACCACGCCCAAAGUCAUACGCAAAACGCCCGCUACGGAGGCCAGUUCGGCCACAUCGGUCAAGGCGCUGGUUAAGAAAUUUCAACUGGAGGAGCUCGAGGCACAGCACACUUCACCCAACAGCACAUUGCCGCACUGCUCCAGCUCCGCCAACAGCAGCCAUGCGUCAGCGAUUCAGACGCAACUACAGCUCCAGCAGCCGCGCAAAUGCUCCGUGCCCAGCGUGUGUGUGUUGCCAGCAACCAGCAGCAGCAGCCACAGCAGCAGCAGCAACGGCAGCAACAUGCGGCGCAGCAUCAGCGGCACUGCCAGCAGUAGCAACAGCCACAGCCACAGCAGCAGUCACGGCGGACGACGUGCCUCAGAGCCGCUAACCGCUGUCCAUAAGAAACAGCACAGCAACAACAACAGCCCAAACUCCAUUUCCAGCAGCAGCAACAGCAGCAGUAGCAGCAGCAGCAACAGUAGCAGCUCGGGAUCGACUGCAGCAACUGGCAGCAGCAGCACGGCGCUGCUGUUGAAUGGUAGAUUGCCGCAGGCAGCGCAUCAUUUGCAUCAUCAUCAUAUGCACCAUCAUCAUCAUCACCAUCAUCAUCAUGUGGUAAUUGCCGCCAAGAAUGCGGCUGCUGCUGCCACCAACAACCUGAGCUUGGACCAGGGCAUCAUCUGUUAGCUAAGGGCCAGCCGUGCGCGCCGCAAUGCCAAAAGUUUCUUUCACCGCUUCCUUUGCUGCAUGUAACAGUGCCUGAACGUGUAGGCGUGAUCAGCCAGCCCCUAGCUGGGCUGCUGCUGCUGCUGUUGUGGCUGCUUCUGCUGCUGCUGCUGCUGUUGCUGCAGGUGCGGCAGCUGCAGGUGUGAGUCGCAACACCAACGCCUGCGCGUGCUCGGAAGUUUUGUUUGAUUUUGAGUUUCUUAGUUAAUGUUAUAUAGCGCCUAGUUGAUCUAAACAAAAAAACAACCACUGUACCACACUAUUGUACCACUGUACCACUAACCCAGCCGAUUUCCCAAGUAACCUAAAUACUGUUUAAGUUUAUCUGGAAAUAUAUCUAUAUAUACAUAGGUAUAUGCAUAUGUAGAUGGAUAUAUCGUCUAUUUCGUAAGAGUUGCCGUUGUCAGCAGGCAGCACACGGUUAACGCGUAAAUUAAUUAUUAAUGAUCCCGCGGCAGACAGAGAUGUUAAAGGAAAGAGAUAGUUACAGAGAUAGAGAGAGAGAGAGAGAGAGAGGGUGUGAGUGUGAGUGCGUGAGUGAGAGUGAGUGAGAGAGAUCGAGAUGGAGAACAUAGUUGAGAGUGCGCAAAAGGUUGCAACUUGCAAUUAAUUGGAAGAUAUCUAUUUAAAUUACAAAAGGUAAAUGAUUUGAGACAUAUCAGUCGUUGUGUUGUGCGUGCAUGUGUGUUUGUGUGUGUGUGUGUGUGUAGUAAUUUGUUAAAUUCGAUGGGCAACGUUUCACAUGUUUCAACGAAUUCAAAUACGUCAAUUCAGGACAAAUUUAACGUCGUCUGCAUAGCAUAAAUUAAAUAAUACAAAUUAUACAACUAAAAACAAAACAUACCAAAAAAAAAAAGAAGAAAAAAACGAAAAAGAAAAAGAAAAAAAAUUGAAUUAGAGCGCAGAAAAUUCAGCAAUAUUUGUUGAUCAUUUUCUAUAUGGAUUGUGAAUUUGUAGCUGAAUGAAUUAAAUCGUAUUUAUAUACAUACAAAUACAUGCAUAUAUAUAUACAUAUAUAUAUAUGUAUAUAUAAUGUUGAGCGCCAUUUGGUAAUUGUUUGUUAAACGAUUCACAUACAGCAAAUGCAUUCAUAGCAUAGUUCAUGCAUUAAUUAAUUAAUUAUAACCAAAAUACGAUGAAUAUAUGAAGGUAGUCGCAGUUGUUCGCGAAACGGUAGUGGAUAGAUGAAAAUUGAUUGUUCAAGAGUUAAUGCAUAUAUAAUAUAUACAUAUACAUACAUUUACAUACUAUACAUAUACAUUUAUAUAUAGAGAAUGUUAUCAGCACCGAGCUAAGAAAUGGCAGUAAUGAAAAAUGAAAUUGUUUAUUGUAUUGUGCGUGUUCUCGUGCUCAGUACAUAAUUGUCGCCUGGCAUGCCACAUACCAUAUUUGAAUAUGAA